UUGAACCUAUUUGAUCAACCUUGUGUACUUUUCCAUGUUGACUUUCAGACCCUCAUUUUCGAUUUUGGCUCGGAGGUGUACGUAUGGAGUGGACGUAAUGCACGAAAGACUGCAGGGCGUUAUGCUGUAGAGUAUGCUCAGCAGUUGAAAACAAAACGAGUCACGUCGGACUUAUCCCUCUUUGGCUCAGAGUUGGGUGACGGGCGUGCGCCUUGGGUACUGUACCUUCGAGUGUUUCAAGGAGUUCAAAACUGUCUGUUCGCUGCGAAAUUCUCAGAUUGGCAAACGAGUGAGACAAAAAUUUUCAGCACACCUAAGCCUUUCCAACCGGCGAUACCACUGCAAUGCCCUGAUGAGAAGCUUCAUGCUCGCCUUCUGUCAGAUGUCCUUUUGAAUUUAUCACAUCCAGAACCAACGGAAAUCUUGGAAGACCAAGAGCUGACACGUGAAAUGAAAGACGUUGUCACCGAGAGUGUAACGUUUUGGCAACUGAUCGGCGAGGAGUUGGAACCAAUUGAACAGACGAAUGUUUUCGUUGAUGACUGUUGCUACGUGAUACGGAUGGCAGUACCGAAUUCAGACUUCAGGUUGGCUCGGCAUUAUUUUCGGUUAUCCACUGAGAACGUGAUGGUGGAGAAUGGAUUGGCUCUAGCAGAAGCCAUAUGUGAUCUCCCAGAUAUCUUCAAUCUGAAGGAUUCCGUGCGAAUAGAAACUCAACUCGAAGGAGAAGAUACGCAAAUAAAGUGGAUUCAAGCUGUGGGCAGGACGAAAACUCCUCGCCUUUUCCGCAUAUACGAAUACGAAGGAGCCGAAGUGCUCAGUGCGCAGUAUCACAAAUACUGCACUUUCCCAGCCGUGCAAUCUGCUCUCGUGGACACGAUUCUUGUCGAUAUUGGAGACCGAUUGUGGGUUUGGAACGAGCGCACUCCCACCACAUUUGCUUUGCGGGUCGCUGAUCUGUACUGGAAGGAUAGAAAAGGCGAUGUGACAGUGAUUGGCAAAGGCAAAGAACCAGAGGAAUUCAUGGCUUUGUUCGCUGAAUGGAAUGAAUGGCCGGAAGGUUACGAUCCCCAGUCGCCACCGAGACCUCUCAAGGACCUCAUAGCCGAAAGGACGCAGACGUUCGACGUGGAAGCCCUCCGAUCGCGAAAAUCACUACCAGAAGGGAUCGAUACGAAGAAUUUACUGCAGUAUCUUUCGCCGGCAGAUUUCCGACGUGUUUUCUCUAUGACUGAAGAAGAAUUUGCAAAAUUACCUGCAUGGAAACAGAUUCGUUUGAAAAAAGAGGCGGGAUUAUUCUGA